UCACCGACAAGAGUCAAAAAAGAGGCGUAAUAAAUAAACUAACACAUUUUCGAACAAGAGUCCAUAACGUUAACAAAUAAACUCUCACACACACAUGCUGUGUAUUCCAUUAUUACUCUGUCUCUCACGCUCUCUCUUCUCUUCUCUUCUUUAAAAACCUCUCACCAAACUUUAUACUCCAUUUGACAAAGAGAACACCAACUAACUCUCUUUUAAAAAAAACACAACAUGAGCUACACUCUCUUUCUCCUUCUGCUCACUCUCGUCCACUCCACUUUCUCUUCGUUAGCUCCUACGGACCGAGCUGCCUUGGAAUCCGUCAGAGGCUCUUUAACCGACAUGCCAGGUUCAGCCUUCUUCUCAUCCUGGGAUUUCGCAGUCUCUGACCCUUGUUCCUCCUUCUCAGGCCUUACCUGCUCUUCUCUCGGCCGUGUCACCGGCUUAUCUCUUGGCCCUAAUCUCUCCGGUUCUCUCUCCCCUUCCAUCUCCAAUCUUACCCACUUAACCCAACUCAUUCUCUACCCAGGCUCAGUCACCGGUCCUCUCCCUCCUCGGUUCGAUUCCCUCCCUCUCCUCCGAGUCAUUUCCUUAACAAGAAACCGCUUAACCGGUCCUAUACCCGAUUCUUUAUCAUCUCUCUUAAACCUCCACACUCUUGACCUUAGCUAUAACCAACUCUCAGGUUCUCUCCCUCCUUUUCUCACUACUCUUCCUCAACUCAAGGUCCUUGUUUUAGCCUCAAACCAUUUCUCCAACAACCUUAACCCUGUCUCUAGCCCCUUGUUCCAUUUAGACUUAAAGUUGAACCAAAUCUCCGGCGAACUCCCACCCGCUUUCCCGAUCACUCUCCGGUACUUAUCUCUCUCCGGAAACUCAAUGGAAGGCACAAUCAAUGCCCUGGAGCCAUUAACAGAGCUAAUAUACAUCGAUCUCAGCAUGAACCAGUUCACCGGCGCAAUCCCUAACUCACUCUUUAGCCCCACAAUCUCAACAAUGCUACUACAACGAAACAACUUCACAUCCAUCGCCACCUCCAUAGCGCCGUCAUUAUUACCACAGGGCUCCAUAGUUGAUCUGAGCCAUAACUCAAUCUCCGGAGAGUUACCUCCCGCGCUCGCCGGAGCAGAGGCUCUGUUCUUGAACAAUAACCGUCUCACAGGAGACAUUCCAGAGGAAUACGUCAAGAGCUUAAUCAACGGUACAACAAAACAGCUCUUCUUGCAACAUAACUACUUGACGAGAUUCCCUUGGAACUCUGGUCUCCAACUACCAGACUCUGUUUCUCUCUGUUUGUCCUAUAACUGUAUGGAGACGGAUCCAAUCGUUGGUUUGUCCACGUGUCCGAUCGAAGUUGCACCUCUGCUCUCAAGACCUGCUUCACAAUGUUCAAGAUUCUACAAUCACAGCUCCACAGGUUAAAGAUCAAGUUUUGUUUUUUUCAAUCCAAAGUAAUUUGCAGAAAAUGACAAGUUUUUUUUUUAGAAGCAUUAUCUCUACAAAACAAAAGAUGACAUUUUUAGAAAUUGAACCGUUAUGUCUCCUAGUGUUUUCUUAAAAAAAUCAAAAGUUGAAAAAAAGAUCUGUAAUAGUGUGGUCCUCACGUGUAAAUCAGAUUGUAGUGUUUAUGGAAUAUAUAAUUUUACAGA